AUUCACACAUGGAACUUCUUGCCAGUUGUGACAAUAAUCUUAAUUUCAUUAACAUAUCAAAGUAAAAAUAUUUAAAUUGAAAAUUAAUCCAAAAAAAAAAAAUAACAAAUUACAAAAAUAUUUUCAUUCAUUGUGUUUUGAUUUUUUGUUUAUAAAAAAUAAAAAAAAAUCAAAUUAAUUAUAAUUAAAGAAAAAAAACAAAAAUAUAUAUUAAACAAAUAAAUAUUAGUUAAUAAUUAUUUUUGCAAGUUGAAAAAAUUUGUCAUUUUAUUUUUGGUGUUUCACUGAAUAACCAGCAACAAAUUUAUCAAUAUGACAAAAAGAAAGUUUAUCAAAAUAAUUUUAAUUAUUUCAUUGAGUUUAAUUGAUGUUAUAGCAUCAAUUAAUACCGAAAAAUUGUCAAUUUUACGUCGACCAUUGCGUGAAAUAAAUAAACACAGAUGUAUUGUUGAUAAUAAAAAAGAUUACGAUAUCGUCACGGAAUACAAACGUUUGCCUGAAAAUCGUUAUAUAUCCGAAUACAAACGUUAUCCAGAUUAUCGUUACAGCUUCGGGAUUGGUAAACGAUGGUUCAAUGACAACACUCAGAGAAAUUUACCGUAUUCAUUUGGCAUUGGUAAACGUGAAAAUAUCGAUAAAAUAAAUCAACAAUUUUCAAACGAUUAUGUCAUCGAUGAUGUAUCAAACGAUAAUAAUAUAUUUGAAAAUGAAAAAUUACAAAUAAAACGUGUGCCAUUGAGAAAAUAUAACUUUGGAAUUGGAAAACGUGAUAUUCAUGAUGACGAUCAACAAAAUGACAUUGAAAUUAAUCAUGAAAAAUUAAAUGACGAUAAUCAACAAGUUUGGGAUGAAAAUUAAUCAAAUAUAUUUUAUAAUUAUUUAUUUUUUAAUUAUAUUUAUAUAUUCAAAAAGCACGCUCACUAUAUUUAAAAAUUUAAAAAUCUAUCAGUGUAAUUAAUUUUCAUAAUUUUCAGUUAUUUUUUGUUUAAAACUUGAUGAAUUUUUUUAUCCAGUACAAAUUGAAAUUAAAUUAAUGAUAAAAAAUAUAUAUUAAUAAAUUGAUUAAUCUCUAAUAAUCAACAAAAUGUAAUCUCUAAAAAAAAAAUAUCAUAUUAGUCAUUGAAUUAUUCAUUGUUUAUCAGAAGUUAAUGUAUUAUUAAAAAACAAUAAUAAAUUUAUUAUAUUAUUACAAAUUAAUAUGUAUAUGUAUAUUGCACAUUAAUGUCAUAAAUAAAAGACAUUGACAAAGUAUU